AUGGACGGAGGAGGCAAGGGAGGGAGGGAGGGGACGGAGGAGGCAAAGGAGGGAGGGACGGGACAGAGGAGGGAAGGGAUGGACGGAGGAGGCAAGGGAGGGGUAGGCGAGGGAGGGAAGGAUGGAGGACGCAAGGGAGGGACAGACAGAAAGAGAGGCAAGAAAGGAAUUGAGGAGCAAGGGAGGGAGGAACAGAAGAGCCUAGGGAGACAGUCACAUAAGUUAUAUUCCACAAGUUUCACUUCCAUGAGCUAUGGCCACAGUUUUCUGGAUCAGGUCGUUUCCAGUUUUCUGCAAAGUAAUUAG